GUAAAGGUGUGCUACGAAAAUGGGCCUACGCGCUACGGCUACGAGGCGCUACGCAGGGCUACGCGGGGGCUACGCGGGGCAGGGCGGGCGCCGCCGCAGCCUGCGGAGAGAGGGGCGGCCGGUGGGACGAGCCCGGCGCGCGCACACCCCGACCACUAUUUAUUCGCAAGGCCACUCCAGCGCCCGGCCAGUGCGCACACGGCGGUCGCGCGCGAUAUACAUUCACAACGCUACUGACGCGCUCCGCCAAACUCGCGAUUAUCGGAUCGCGGACUGCUAUGUUUUGAUACGAACUUUUAUCAAUCAGAGUUACUUGUGAUUAUUUACGGACAUUACACAAAAACAAAAGAGACAAUGUUUUCGAACUCGAAGCUAGUGUGGGGGUUGUCGCAAGUGGCUCACAUCUGCGUGACGCGGACGUCGUGGUGGCUGUGCGUGGCGGCGGCGGCGGCGCUGCUGGUGCUGCGGCUGCUGGCGCUGCUGCGCGAGGUGCGCAAGCUGCCGCCGGGCCCGUGGGGGCCGCCCGUGGUGGGCUACCUGCCCUUCGUGGGCGUGCGCCACAAGACGUUCCUGGAGCUGGCGCGCAGCUACGGGACGCUGUUCUCGGCGCGGCUCGGCAACCAGCUGACCGUGGUGCUGAGCGACUACCGCCUCAUCCGCGAGGCCUUCCGCCGCGAGGAGUUCACCGGCCGCCCCAGCACGCCGCUCAUGCACACGCUUGAUGGACUCGGAAUCAUCAACAGCGAGGGCCGCCUCUGGAAGAGCCAGCGCCGGUUCCUGCACGAGAAACUGCGCGAAUUCGGCAUGACCUACAUGGGCAACGGCAAGAAAAUCAUGGAAGGAAGAAUUAAAAGCGAGGUCCACGAGUUGAUUGCCAAUCUGCACGCGGCUGAGGGCGCGGCCAUCGACGCCAACCCUCUGCUGGCUCUGGGAGUCUCCAACGUCAUCUGUGGCAUCACCAUGUCAGUCCGGUUCAGCCAAGGCGACGCGCGCUUCGAACGCAUGAACCAACUCAUUGAGGAAGGCAUGCGGCUGUUCGGACAGAUCCACUACGGCGAAUAUGUUCCUCUUUACAACUACCUCCCCGGUAAAGCCCAAGUGCAAGUGAAAGUGCUGAAGAACCGCGAGGAGAUGUUCGAGUUCUACCAGCAGCUGAUCGACGAGCACCGCGCCACACUGGAUGUUGAAAACGCGAGGGAUCUUAUCGAUGUCUAUCUCAUUGAAAUCGAAAAGGCCAAAACUGAAGGCAGAGCCGGAGAACUCUUCGAAGGCAGAGAUCACGAACUCCAGAUUAAGCAAAUUCUGGGGGACUUAUUCUCGGCCGGUAUGGAAACGAUCAAGUCGUCCCUGCUGUGGAUGAUCGUGUUCAUGCUACGGAACCCGGACGUGAAGAGGCGCGUGCAGGAGGAGCUGGACAGCGUGGUGGGUCGCGAGCGCCUGCCCACCAUCGAAGACAUGCCCAACCUGCCCUACACCGAGACCACCAUCCUCGAGACCCUGCGCAUGUCCAGCAUCGUACCGCUCGCCACCACUCACUCGCCCACUAAGGACGUAAACCUGAACGGCUACAAGAUCCCGGCGGGGUCGCAGGUGGUGCCGCUCAUCAACUGCGUGCACAUGGACCCGGCGCUGUGGGACGAGCCGGCGCGGUUCAACCCGGCGCGGUUCAUCGACGAGACGGGCAAGAUCCGGCGGCCGGAGUUCUUCAUGCCGUUCGGCGUGGGGCGGCGCAUGUGCCUCGGGGAUGUGCUGGCUCGCAUGGAGAUGUUCAUGUUCUUCGCGUGCGUAAUGCACCAGUUCGACGUGAGCAUGGAGGAGGGCGCGGCGGCACCGUCGCUGGAGGGCACGGUGGGCGCCACCAUCGCGCCCGAGGCCUUCCGCGUGCGGUUCCUGUCGCGCGCCGUGCCCGUGCCCGCCCCGGACCACCCCCACCUGCGCAACGUCGGCUGCCACUAGCUGCGCGAGCGCAACCCAUUCAUUCACCCACCAGUAUUCUAUGAUCACUCGUUUUAGAGCGUAUCGACGACAAUUUAUUUAAGUUAUUUUUUAGUGACGACGCCGCUAGAGCGACGGUCGAGGCUGUGCAUAAAGUGUUCAAUUUAGUAAUAGACCUAAUCAUUUAUUAUGUAGUAACUAGAUGAAAAUUCCCAACGUUGAGAUUUAAAAUUUUCAUGUACUUGAUUUGCGAAAACAAAUUUUCAUUGUGUAAUUCUCGCAAAUUAGACCCUUUAAAGUUAUAGGAUACUAUAUAUUUAUGAUAAGUGUAGUGGUAAUUGAAUACUAGUAUACCAAAAUAAUGUAUAAUCUAGGUCAUUAUUUAUUAAGAUCACAUACAUAAAGUCAGUGUUCAGAGUGCUACGAGUGUGAUCUCAUCCGUGCGUUGUCGUGUAGAAGCUCCGAGUGUGGAGAUGUAACAAUCACUUUACGAAUAACCAUUCCAUUAAGCGUAGUAACCAGCAACUAGUCUAAGAGCGAUUGUCGCAUUUUAUUUUUAAAGUAUCGUUGAAACAUUUUUUUUAUAUAAAUUAAUGAGAUGAUUUCUUAAGAUUACUAUGUAAUCGCAUAAGUUAAUUAAAUGUUAAUUGCAUCUGCAACCAAGUUGUUUCGAGCGGCCAUAACUCGGCCGCUUCCAGCUCACCGGUCGUAGUGACACCAUAAGUAUUUAGCUUUGUAAAUAUUGCCUUGUUUUUAAAUCUGAGCACAUAUUAAGUGUUGAAAAUAAAAUACAAAAAUGAUUUCAUUAUA